AUAUAUUCGUGUGGGGAAGGUGGUAACGUAGAAAUAUGGGUCCCCCGCAGCGAUACAUUUAGGUCGUGGCCAGGAGAUCGAUUUUAGCUAAAUCAUGGUGUCAAGCACGAAAGACGUUGAGGUCCGCCGCGAGGAGGCGUCGAUUCAGACUCAGCACAGAGAUGGCGAAGAGGUGACGGGAUUUGAGGUUGACGAGGCUCAGCUUCCCAAAGGAUACUAUUACUCACGGUUCUUUCUGGGCAGCUUCUUCGCGAUCGGGCUGAGCCUCUGGGCGGGAACUGCUGCAUUCGCGUACGCAGCUCCGAUCCUGGCUCAAAUCAAUGCCGACGUAGGCCCGGACAGUCGAUACGUGUGGAUCGGGCUGGUCUACACUGUGGCAUCCGCAGUGUGGUUCCCUAUUGUUGGCCGGCUCGGCGACAUCUUUGGACGACGUUACUUGAUGAUCCUGGGAGCUGCGUUCGGAGUUAUCGGUAGCAUCAUCUGCGCAACCGCAAACAGCAUUCUAGUCUUGAUAGGUGGCAAUGUGUUCUUGGGCAGCGCAUCGGCGUUCCAGCUCAGCUUCUCGUACGUGUUGGCGGAGCUGCUGCCGAUGAAAUACAGGUACUUGGGCAGUGGAUUCAUAUAUCCUUGGUCCAUAGCCGGCAGCGGCUUUGGACCGGCGAUAUCCUACGCCUUUAUUACACGCUACUCUGUUGGGUGGCGAGGACUUUACUGGUUCUUGCUAGCAAUCAAUGGUGCAGCGUUCCUGUGCUGGCUGCUCUUCUACUUCCCGCCUACAUUUGAGGAGAAGCACAAGGAGGAUGUGAACAGCAAGGUGUACUGGAUCAAGAACUACGAUUACAUCGGUACCUUGUUAUUCUCCACGGGUAUUAUUGUUUUCAUUCUUGGCCUCUCUUGGGGUGGCAGCUUUUAUCCAUGGAAGUCAGCCGCUGUUAUCACGUCUAUUGUUGGGGGCGCCGCCGUCCUUGCGCUGUUUGUGUUGUGGGAAAUUUACGGUCCCACACGUCAGCCCUUGAUGCCUAUGCGCCUCUUCGCGAACGGACGCUGGACUGCAGCCGUGGUGUUACUUGGUCUAGGUGCAGGAGUGUACUACGCAUUUGCUAUUGUCUGGCCGACGCAAUGCGCAGUGCUGUACGCGACUGAAGAUCCCAUGUAUGUCGGCUACAUCUCCGUUCUCAUCGGUAUUGGAUUCAUCACCGGUCAAAUGUUAGCCGGUCUCCUUGCUCGUCAAAUUGGGAAGACUCGCUACCAGGUGAUGGUUGCUUUUACUGUUGGCGGUGUGUUCCUAGGCUGUGCGGCGACCGUGACACCUGACAACAAAGCUACGCAGAUCGCGCUGAUAUAUAUCGGCUGCGUAUUUAUUGGUUGGAAUGAAAGCAUUUGCCUGAGCAAUGCCGCCAUUUUGGUCCAUGAUCAGCGAGAGAUUGGAGUUGCUGGAGGACUUGCUGGCUCUGUGCGGUCUAUCAUCUCAUCCGUUCUGCAGGCGGUCUAUGUCUCGAUUCUUACCAACAGACUGGAGAGCACGAUACCGGCCGAAGUUCCCCCGGCACUGAUCAAAGCAGGACUGCCCGCGUCCUCAGUUGCCGACUUCAUCAAAGCAAUCACGUCCGGCACCGCGACUGCCUUCGCGAGCGUACCUGGUGCCACGUCGGAUAUCAUAGCCGUAGGCCUCAGGGCAUACAAGCAAGCGAAUGCCGACGCUUAUCGCACCGUUUACCUCUCGACGAUUGCGUUCUCGGCGGUAGCAGUUAUAUUGACGUGGUGGGCUCCCAACACCGAUCAUCUUAUGACGGGAAAAGUUGCUGCGACGCUUCACCACCAAAGGCAAGAAGAGCCCCAGAUGAAGGAAAAGGAUCUGGAAUUACAGUCUGCUACUGGCAGUCUGCCGAGGAAUUCAUAGGCUCCUAUUCUGAACGCCCAAGAUUAUGUUCUGUAUCUAUCCCUCCUCGCUUGUAGAAAUCAUUUUAGCACCCUGCGGCCAAAAGUUUUG